UGCUGUGUCUGACAGGAGUGAUGCCGUGGCUGACGUUCAUGUACUACUUCUCGUACGUGAAACUCGUGGUGACGAUGACCAAGUACAUCCCGCAGGCGUGGUUCAACUACAAGCGCAAGUCGACGCGCGGCUGGAGCAUCUGGAUGAUCUACAUGGACUUCUGCGGCGGAAUCAACGGAUUGCUGCAAAUGCUGUUCAUCGCCUACAACUACGACGACUGGAAGACGAUAUUCGGGAACUUCGCGAAGUUCGGCCUCAGCGUCGCGUCCAUCAGUUACGACAUUCUCUUCUUCCUCCAGGAAUACGUCUUUUAUAGGAAACAAGACUCGAGUCUUCAGCCGCUGAACGAAGAGAAGAGUUUCGAGAAAAGCGAGAGAAAAAAGAGCAGAGUUUCCAUCGUUUCGCUCAACAGCGAGAACACGGCGUAUCCCAAGAUCUCUCACGACAACCUCGGUUUCCACGGCAACGGCGGCCGCAAAUCCGUCGUUUCCGACAAAUCCUAUGGAAGAACACUGCGGACGGAAGCCGUGUCUCCGCCGCCGCCACAGCCGUCGACGCGAGCGCCCCCUUUCGCCGCGGCGUUCACUUUGAAGGCUUUGAACGAAAACUACGAAAAAUAUUUGCAAAGUUUGCCUCAAAAGCAGAAAGAAUACCACAAUCUCGUGCUGAAUGCGACCAAAGCGCGCAACUAUCCCGAGCGCGCGCUCGCCGCCCCUCUCAUGCUCGCCACGCAGCAGCGCGCGCUCAUCGCCGCUCACGCCGUCCCACGUGACCACUCGUCACGUGACCACACGCCGCCUCACCUCCAGUUCAUGAACCAUCACGCGAUCCACGGCAACAGACCGCAGCAGCAGAUUCAGCAACGACACCACCAUCACCACCACGGCCCGCACCCGCAGCCACAGCACCCGCAGAGAGCGCCAAUGAGCGAUCCACGACAGACUCCGACCACUUCUCCGCACUUCAACUUCCCGAUGAGUCGAGAGAUGGCGCUCGCGAGACAACAGUCGGAGAUUCGCCUCAACCGCCACCUGUCGGUCACCACCACAACCAUGACCACUCCGUUCACGCGCGCUGUCCACCACUCGCGACCACCGGUCACCGCAGUCGCCACUCCCACCGCCGCCUCCGCCGCCAAUCCGCGCAUUCCCGCCGUUGCGCACGAGAGGGCGCCACCGGUGCGGCCGUCGGUGUUGCGCUCGCCUUCUGCCAAAAGCCUGAUUGAGCGUUCGGUGAAUUGCGAGCAAAAAAGGGAAACAAUCGAAAAAUGGAAACAAAUUUCGGAAAAAAACGAUUUUUCAAAUUCUUCGCAAAUAUUGUCUCGAGUUUUGCGCCAAAAACCGCAUUCGCGAGACAUUCCCGAAAUGCUGGCCUUUCCGCAGAGACACGUGACACACGUCAACACCAGAGCGCCCGUCGCAACCAUUUCGCCCGUUUUGGCCGCUCUGGCGCCGCAAGACAGCCGUCCGCAGAAUCUCGCGAAUGGACACCACGUGAUGACCAACAGAGUGCCGGCGUGUCACGUGACGCGCAACACGAAGGCCUUUCUCUUCAACCCUAAUAAUCGCGGAAUGAGUGCUCACGCGAACAGAAGCGCGGUUUUGACGCCAUUUUCGCCGAAACCUCUGAUUGAAGACAAAUCGGCGACCAAUCAAAGAGUCGUCGACUUUUCCCCCGAAUUGCCGCCAAUUGGGAACAGAGAGAAGAACGCGCCGACAAUUGGCGCCAAUUCUGUGGUCUUUCUCAUCAAUUCGAGACAACAAUUGCGAGAAAUGCCUUUCGUUUCCACUUUUUCUCCCGUUUUGACAACAGUUUCGCCGCUCGUGACGAAAGCGCCGGCCGUGACGUCAGUGGCGACACCUGUGGAGCGCGAUCUCAACAACAAUCGCGUUUCGGAGCGGAAGUCGCCCGAAAUCGUUGUGUUGGACGACGAGUCACGUGACUCUUCGCAGGAAUCGGAAAAAUCGCUGAAAAUUGAUCUAAAAUUCGACGAAAAAGAGGAAAAAGAGGAAAAAGUUUUGGAAAAAGAGGUUUUUGAGGAAAAAGACGAUAAAAAAGAGCAAAAAGAAUUCGACGAAGAAUUCGAAGGAUUUAUGAAAGAAUUUAUUCAACAUUUGAUUGAAAGCAAGAAAUAUAUCAAAGAAUCGGAAAACGAGAGAAAGUCGCCGCAAAUCGACCCCGAAGUGACCACUGGUCAAGCGGUGGAGCGGCCGAUGAGUCACGUGACGGAAAGCGAGUUUGUUUUGUGUUUGGAUUUAAUAAAAGCGCGAGAAUUGCGUCGAAAACCGAUCGCCUAUUUGAACGCCAAAUACCCGAAGAACGAGAUCUCGCGCUCCGUUUACGCGGGAAUCCGCACGAAGAGAGCGGUCAUGGAUUUCCCGAAACAGCUCUUGAGUCCGUCUUCGGCGCCGAACGGCGAAAGAGAGGCCAAAAGACGGCGCCUUUCUCUGCGCCCGACGACACCGUCGUUGUUGACGACACGCGACGACACGACGGCGGCGGACAAGUGGUCGUCGGUGUUGUCGUGUCUGGACUUCUCGUCGCCGCUCUCGCGACGCAUUGUUGCGGUUUUGCCGCACUUUCAACACAAAGACUAG